GCUUUGUUAAAUCAGGCAUGCCUGAAAAUCGCCAUGUGUAGUCCUAGAGGAAACUUGCAGCAAAGGCCAAGAGCACCUAAUCCACCUGGCUCAAAACCUCAUGGUGCUUUUAGGGGAGCUGGCAUAGCAGGUUUUCAAAGAAAGCCUGUACCUGGAACACCUCAAGGAAUUUCACAAAGAUUUAUAGGACAUGAAACUUUACAGCGGACAGGACCACGAAGAACUAAUGUUCAGGUAACUCAACACAGACUCGAUCCAAGGCAAGCAAAGGAGAUGGCAAACUUACAAAAUGAACCGAAGGAAAAAGUUCGUACUUCACGUUGGGAUAACAAUCCAUGUUCAACUGGAAACACGAGCCGAAAGCACUCUGCAUCAACACGGAUCACAGAGCAGCAUACAAAUGUCCAGAGCCGUUAUACAACGGAGAGUGCAUCAAGUAUUUUAGCAAGUUUUGGAUUAUCUAAUGAAGAUCUGGAAGAACUCAGUCGCUAUCCAGAUGAUCAGCUCACACCUGAAAACAUGCCACUAAUUUUGAGGGAUAUACGAAUGCGUAAAAUGGGUCAUCAGCUACCCAAUUUACAUUCUCAGAGCAGAGAAAAAGAAACAAUUGGUGGAACAGGUGGUUCUGCCGUUAAGAGCAAAGUGAUUGAUUAUGGGCACACAAGUAGGUAUGGAUACAGUGACGAUCCUCUUGAGAUGAGUGAAUACAACCCUGAACAACCAACUGAAGAGAACAGGAAAGAAUUUCAACCACAGGAAUCUCUUUCAGUUCCAACUUCCAAUGUAUCAUGUAAUCCAAUGUUCCCAAUGGAAGAAUUAAUGAAACAGAUGGGUUUCCACACUGACUCAUCAAAUACUCAGUCAUUUUUUUCGGUUGAUUCUGCAAGCAAGGUGCCAGGGUUAUGCCUGACACCUACAGGACUCCCAGUGGUGAAACCUAUGACCCAGCCUGGCAUGCCGCCUAUGAUGCCACCUGGAAUGCCGCCUAUGAUGCCACCUAUGACCCAGCCUGUGAUGCCGCCUGUGAUGCCACCUGUUAUGCCAUCUGUGCCCCAGUCUGUGAUGACAUCUGUCCAGCAGUCUUUGGCCCAGCCAUCUAUGAGCCAGUCUGUGAUGCCACCUAUCACCCAUCCACCCUUUUCAGCAGAACUCCUUGCAGCUGUAAGACAGCAUGAAAGGAUUCAACGUGACUCUGAGACUAAUCAGUCUAAUGCACACAUUGGCUCAGGUCAGAAGAACUUCCAGUCGCAAGUCGAAGGUCCUAUUAAAUCUCCUUUCGGAGUCGUGAAAGCAUCUUGGCUUCCAGUGUUUUCACAGGCUGCUGCGCAGAAGAUAAAGAGACUGCCAACUCCAUCUAUGAUGAAUGACUACUAUGCUACAUCUCCAAGGAUAUUUCCACACAUGUGUUCUCUGUGUAACGUGGAAUGCACUCAUAUGAAGGAUUGGAUUCAGCAUCAGAAUAAUCCUGCUCACCUUGAGAGCUGUCGUCAGUUACGUCAACAGUACCCUGAUUGGAAUCCUGAGGCCCAUUCUUCAAAGAGAAAUGAAGGCGACAGAAAAGAAAAUCAGACCCCAAAGAGACGUUCUAAUUCUGCUAGUCCUGGUCCUAGGCAUUCAAGAGGAUCAGGCUCUGGCCAUGUUCUUCGCCGGUCCCGAUCCCGAUCCAGGAGCCCUGGCCGUUUCAGGCUAGCUAGACCAAGAAGUCGAAGUCCAAGGCAGAUGCGUCGUCUUAGCCCUAGGCACAGGUCUAGGUCACCACAACGAUCCAGAAAUCCUUUGAGGUCUAGUCCACGACCCCAGCGAUCUGCUAGCAAUGAAUGGGCAUCAAGGAGGACAGCUAGAUCUCCAGAUAAAAAGGCAGCCUUAGAGGCUGUAGUAAAAAGUUUGGGAGCCAGUUUCGUUGCAGAAUUCAAUAAACAGAAAUCGCUUCAAGCAGCUGGACAAGGGUCUUCAGGGAUAGGAAAAGCAUCACCUGCACGAGGGAUGUCAGGCGUAGGAAAGGUACCUGGAACUAUGAAAAAGCCACUAAAUGCUACAGGUCAUCACAAGACUUUGAAGAAAGAUUUAUCGUCUGUGCCUGGCUCAUCUGCUUCUAAAAUGAAAUCUGAAACUGCUGAUGCACAAGAAAAGAGGGAGAUGAAUUUUGAUGGGAAAGCUGCAAAGGAAACCAAAGUUCCUCGUCCUGCUCCUUAUAAUAGGUUAUUGAGAGAGAAACUUUUGAGUUGUGGCACAGUUCUUCAUAUAACAGAUUUGCCUGAUGAUGGCUUUUCAGAUCAAGAUAUUAAAAAAAUUGUUCAGCCAUUUGGUAAAGUGAGUGACUUCCUGGUGCUUCGCUCUAGAAAUGAGGCCUUCCUAGAAAUGAACUAUAAAGAGGCAGUGGUAGCAGCUGUGAAGUAUGGUGAAACAGCGCCGGUGCUGGUAAAUGGGAAGCGUGUGAAAAUAAGUAUAGCAGAAAAGCCAAAAAUACUUCCUGGCCAGGUCAAAGUAAGUGUAAAGAAGAUGACACAGAGUAUAAAAAAAGCAGCAUUGAGUACAAAAAAAGAGGGAAAUAGUGCUACUAUUAAGAAGAUUAAAUCUGCUACUGCAGCUGCUUCUGCAGCAAAAUUAACAAAAACUGGACAAACCACAACAAGAGCAGUUAAACUUGCUGGUAAACAUGAAGUGACCAAAAAAAAGGUGAUGCAGACAGAUAGUAAAGCUAAGAAAACUUCAACCACGUCAGCAAAACUUAAUGAAAAGAAGCGUAUUGAUCCUAAAAAGUCUUUAGAAGCCAAAAAGAAGGAUACAAAAACUAAGAAAGUAGCAGAUCCAAAGCGGACUGUUGAGAAUAAGACGACUGCAGAAUCUAAGAAGGCUGUAGAGGCUAGGAAGACCACAGAAUGUAAGAAAGCUGGACAGGAUGAAGUCAAAGAAAUUAGUAAGCCAGUAACUGUGCAAGCAGAGAAAAUUACACUGACUCCCACAGUGGAGGUGGAGUCAAAUCAAUCUAUGGAAUCGACAGCCAGUGAAGAAAAUCUUGAUGCCAAGAGCAUCGUGGAAGUGAAGACAACUGAGAGUACCAAAAAGGAAAAUGUUUCAAAAACUACUGCAGAGGUUACAAAGAGCGAAGAACCGACUGAGCCAGCAAGCAAGGAACUGGAUGACAUCUGUGUUGUUGUUAUUUCAAACUUACCAGAUAAAGGAUAUUCUGUUGAGGAAGUUUCCAACCUAACAAAGCCAUUUGGAGGACUGAAAGAUGUUUUAAUUUUGUCUUCUCAUAAAAAGGCAUAUCUGGAAAUAACUCAAAAAUCUGCAGAUUCCAUGGUUAAAUUUUAUACUUGCUUCCCUAUGUCAGUGGAUGGAAAUCAGCUCUGCAUUAGUAUGGCACCAGAAUACAAGAAUGUAAAAGAUGAGGAAGCUAUAUUUACUGCUAUGAUUAAAAAUGCCAACUUGAAGGUAAAUACAGAAACUUUAUAUAAUCAGUUUGUGCAUCUUGGUAACUUACCAGAUGAAGGAUACACAGAACUUGAAGUAGUUUGUGUGGGACUUCGAUUUGGUAAAGUGGAUCACUAUGUCGUGUUGAAGAAUAAAAAGAAGGCAAUUCUUCAGCUAGAUAGUCCUGACUCAGCUAAAUCAAUGUGCUGCUUCCUAAAACAGUACCCAUACAACAUGGGUGAAAAUACACUGACUUGUAUGCUAUCACCAAGGAUUGAACCUGCAGAGGCUGACGUUAUGAAAAAAGAGCUGAAAAUCCAAGAAACAAGUAAAGGAAGCUCUGACUUGAAAAAAAACCCAGAGGGAUCAGGAGUGGUGCAAACAGCAGCUGCUAAUCCUCCAGUAGAACCUAGUGUGGCAAAGGAAGAAAUCAUUUCCAACUCUGUCAAAGCCGAGACUUCAGCAGUGCAGAUAGAAGCCUCUGAGUUGGAUCCUGAAAGAACGGUAUGUGAUUCUACUACAAAACCGUUGGAAGUUGAAACCUCCAAGGGGGAAUCUGAAGUUGCAAUUACUGGCUCUGCUACCAAACCAGAUGAUGACGAAUUACCCCAAGUUAAAUCAGAAGAGAUUCAUCGGAAGGAAGAGGUAGUUAAAGAUAACUCUGAAAUAGAAUUAUUGACAUCUGCUCUCCCAACUGUAGAAGAGAAAGAAACUAAAGUGAAACUUGAAGAAUUAUAAGUGGAAACAGCAGAGGCUGUUUCUGAAGCAGUGCCAUCUGAUUCUGCUGCAGCUUCUGUGGAAAUGCUGUCAGCUGAUGACCUACAACCAAGCAACCAAUUGGAUAUUUCUGUAAAAAAUGCUGUUAGUGAUGCAGUGGAAACGAAACUUGAAAUACCUGUGGCCAAUGUCGUGGUGUCCUUAGAGAAGCCAGAAAAGCCAGCGGCCAAAGUUGGGGCAGCCCUGGAGAAGAAAUUGGAAAAGUCCGUGGCUAAGAUAGGGACAGCCAUAGAGAAGAAACUGGAGAAGCCUGUCGCCAGCAUUGGGAUGGACAGAGAGAAGAAAUCUGAAAAGCCGGUGGCCAACGUUGGGACAGAUGUAGAGAAGAAACCUGAAAAAUCUGUGGCCGACAUUGGAACAGACAUAGAGAAUACUGAAAAAAAAGUGCUAAAUGAAAAGAAUGAGAAAACGUCAAUCAAGGUUCAUCAAAAUAAAGGACCAGGACAAGUUAAAAUAGAUGAAACUAGCAAAGCAAGUACAUCAGCUGCAACAUUUGUGUCCAUCAAGGAACCUACGUCUGUUAGUAAAACAAUCUUAAAGGCUGUGGUGUCCAUCCCUGAUAUAUCAAAGUCAAGAGUUAUGAUGCGGAGAAAUGAGACUUCUCUAAUUAAAACAGAGGAGCAGAAAGCUUCCUCAAAACCUGAAACCAGAAGCCGAUCUGCUACUGAGAAGAAACUUUCAUCAAAAGAAGUGGGGCAGCUAAGAGCUACUGGCAGCAGAUCAAGUCUGCCAGAUAGCGCCAAAUCUAAACUGGACAUGAGUCCUGUUGUUGUAAAGGGAGGAAGUGGGAGGAGUCCAUCUCAGCAAGACAAGGACUCAAGAGUGGAAUCUAGGGGUAGUUCAAAGCAGUCUCAAGAGAGAGAGAGUAGAUCAUCCAGCAUGAAGAAAGACGACAACAGCAAUAAGGUUCCCGCUGGCCGAAUUAGUAGGAAUUCUAAAACUGGCUCUAGUGACAGUGUAAAACCAAAAGAGGAAGAAGAGCUUUUCCCAUUUAACUUGGAUGAGUUUGUUACUGUGGAUGAGGUGGUAGAAGAGACAGACUCUCCUGUUCCAGUCAGGCGAAAUCCACCACGGGGAAAGAGAAAAGACUCUGCUAAAAACAGCUCUACCUUUGAGCCUGUUUCGAAGAGGAAGAAAGGUAAAAGCUGCAUAGAACAUGUUGCUGAGAGCGAAUUAUCCUUUGUCACUUUGGAUGAGAUUGGAGAAGAGGAGGAGGCGACUGCACUGGUGCUAGGAGACUCUAAUUUAGAAGCAAUAACAGACCCACAGGGUCUAGUUACCGUGGAUGAAGUAAAUGAAGAGGAGCUGAUUGCAGAAGCAGUUAAAGACCCACAAUCGCUUGUUACUCUAGAUGAAAUAUCUGAGCAGGAAGACUUUUUUUCACAUGAUGAACUUAAAGAUGUCUCCAGCUCAAUUUAUGAGGAGCAAGAUCUCCUGAAAGCAGAACCCUUAGUAACUGUGGAUGAAAUAGGAGAAGUUGAAGAAAUACCUUUAAAUGAGCCUUCAGAUUUGAAUAUUGAGGAGACCUUAAAACCUAAGGAAAGGGAUGAUAGAAGGUCUAUUGAGGAUCCUGGAGACUUUAUUUCUUCUCAGCUGCCUGAAGACCCUAGUACUUUAGUGACAGUAGAUGAAAUACAGGAAGACGGUGAUGAUCAGCCUCUAGUAACGUUAGAUGAAGUUACUGAAGAUGACGAAGACUUUUUGGCCGAUUUCAACCGUUUAAAAGAGGAAUUGAACUUCGUCACGGUAGAUGAAGUUGGGGAGGAGGAUGAAGAGGAAGAAGAAAAUACUUUCAUAGUCACAAAUCUGGAGGAGGAAGAUAUUGUUGCAAUUGCAGGCCCAGAAGAAGAGGAUAUUGUUGCAGUUGCAGGACCAGAAGAAAUGGAAAUUCUGGCAGAUACAGGGCCAGAAGAGGAGGAGGAUAUUGAAAACUCAAGAUCAGAAGAAAAGAAGACUCUUGAAGCUAACACAAAGGAAGUAGAAAAUGAGACUCUGGUAGCAGACACACAGGAGACAGAUAGAGGGGCACUUGCCACUCAUACAGAGAAGACAGAAACAACUGAAAUUUUGAACAAAACAAGUGAAACAGAGAUCAGAGGAGAAACUGAAAUUGAUCAGUCUGCAGAGCUAAGCCUGAGAAAAGCACAUGAAAUGGAGACACAAACUAAGAACAAGCAGCAGCCUCCAGUGAAAACCCCAGGCAAAAGAGGUAGACCUAGGAAAAGACCAGUUGUUCCACCACCUGAAACACCUGCUGAAACAGAGCAAGAAAAGUGUGACAAAGAUACUAAGGAGGAAGCAGAUAAAACAGAAUUAGUGGAAGGCUCAACAUCUGAAUCCAACAAGGAGAAAAUAGGAAAAGGUACCUUAACUACUCCAGAAUCACAUAGUUUGAGUGAAGACAGUCAGACUGCAACUGUUAAAGAACCAGAUACAAAAUCUGUAUUACCUGCUCUAAAUGCAAGUCUGCUGCCUGAGGUAGAUGUAAAGCAAGAAGGCUGCUGUGAGAUGCCUUCACAAUCUUCUGAAAAAACUGUGAAAGAUGAAUUUGGAUCAGGAGAUACAGAACCAGAGUCUAAACGAAGAAAAGUGGAUUCAUCAGCGGAUAAAUCCAAGACACCAAGCACCCCAAAAGAUUUAGAUUUUCUUGUUCCAAAGGCUGGGUACUUCUGUCAGAUCUGCUCGCUCUUCUACGCAGAUGAAAUGUCUAUGAAAAAUCAUUGUAAGACACUGCGUCAUCAGCAGAAUAUGGAGAAAUUCAUGGCCAAGCAAAAGGAUGGAGGAGAUGAGGAAGAAAAUGAGGGGGAAGAACUUAGUUCAAGGUGAUCCGAGGAGGAGAGAAUUCUUUAAAAAUUGAAUUUAGGGUCCAGUAAAUUUUGUGUCUUUUGUUUAUGAUUUAAUUUGUAACUUUGUUUCAGAAACAAAUUUGAUGUUGUAUAAAUUUAAGUUUGUUAGACAAAAACAGAGAGAAGAAAAAGUGUAUGCUGGUUUUGAUUUCUAUAGCAAAUCUGUCUUGAGAGAGAUCUCUUAAGUGUUGAAAUAAAUGUUCUUACUGUAUAGUUAA